AUGUCAUCAAAAAGAAUUGAUGUUGAAUUAUUCACUAGACUAGCAAAGUUGCCAGAAGAUGUCAUCUACAUAAUCAUUGACUAUGUUCCUCGGUCCGUACAAAGACAGUUGUUGCAAUUCGUAGAAAUCAGAAAGGUGGUAGUCUCAUGUUAUAUAUCAAAUGUGGAGAUUUCUGGUCAUGAUUAUAGGCUGUUUGAUUUCGAUGAGUACCCCUUUGUGCCUAAUCCAUUUGAAGAGUUUGCUUUUGAAAAUAGUCCACUUCAAGAGCGUCCUGUGAAGAUGAAACUCGAGAACCUUAAAAAGGCUAUAAAGCAAUGGAAAAUUUAUCCCAAAAAGGUUCAUUUUACUUCUUUGCAGGAUUUAGUUGCUGUUCAUAAUAGUUUUCCCGAACUUUUAUUGAAGGCUCAUGAUAUUAAUGGUGUAUUCGAUAAACAUGUUAAUGAUACUAAAACAGAUAACGCAUCUGCUCUCACACGUAGAAAUUUAAGUUAUGGUAGCUUGGAAUUGAGGAAUUUUGGCACUGAUUUUCUCACUGGUAAAAAGAAGUUGCCCGAAAAAAUUUCGUCACUUACUUUACUGGAAACUCAUGUUAAUGAGUUCAAUUUUGAAGGCUUGAAACUAUUACGAGCUGAAAUCCAUUCUGAAUUUAAUAAUAGAAGAGAAGUUGUUUUCCCACCAGAUUUGAAAGUGUUGGAGGUUAAGUUGUUUGGCGAGAAACGACUAAAUAUUCCCUCAAACUUAGUAUGUUUGAAUAUCACUGGUGAUAAUAGUAAAUUGGAUUUGGUUGGUGGUCUCAUGAACAAGUUGAUCUUUUUGUUUAUUUCGUCGCACACGAUCCGAUCCUUUAGUGAAACUGGGAUAAAUGCGCCAAAUUUGACUUCGUUAACAUUGCUCGAAUGUUAUCGUCUCACUAAUUUUGGAAUUGUGAAAACAUUUAAACAUUUAAAGUAUUUGUCGAUGGUGGGUGCGAGAUUUCCAGUUGAAUUGUUUGAUGGAAUUAGCUUGCCUAAUCUUCUGAAUUUUCUUUGCAAUGGGAAUGGUGCCCAGAAUCACGUAAGUGAAUGGGAUGAUUUCAAUGAGAUUACUCGCAAAAUCAAUAAUCUGACUAUAAAAUUUCCUCCAAAAUUGGAAGAUUUGGCAUUGGCAGAUUUGGUAGUUCCGAGAAACGUUGUGUACACUUUUGACCUACCUUCAUCGUUGAAAAAGUUGCAUUUUGAAAAAGUUCCGAUUAACUACUCUCGCUUCCAGUUUACUAAAAAUUUGGAAGAGAUAAGUUUGGAGCUUCCAGAAGUUAAAUUUGAUAAAAAUUGGGUGAUCCCGCCUACUGCUAGAUAUGUUGGUAUUGUUGCAGAACGUGUUGAGUUUAAAAGUUUGGAUAUGCUUUAUCGUUUGCCUGAAGGCCUUGAGGAACUUCAAAUCAAAGCUAUUUCUCAAGGCAAAAUUUUGCCCUUGCAAAAGAAAAUUAAAUGGCCAUCAUCCAUGAAAGGUUUCACUUUGAUACGUUUUGAUGUUGAUUAUAAAACAUUUGAAAUGUUCAACUUUAAAGAAUCCAAGCUUGAGCAUAUCAGUCUUUAUAGAGGAAAACUUGGAAAACUAAACGUUGAUGCGCUUCCAGUUACACUCAAGUUUUUGAGCUUGGUUAGAAUGGGUAUUACAAAGUUGCCGGAUUCUAUGGUGAAAUUGAAGAACCUUCACAGUAUGUGUUUGAGAAGAAAUCAUUUGAGAGGGAUGACACCAGUCAAAUUGCCUAUAGGAUCGUUACACUUUUUGGAUGUGUGUCGUUGUGAUCUUACUUCCAUAUCACCAUUUUUAAGUUCGAUGCUAGAGAAAGGAAAGGAGAAUAGUCCCCUUAAUGUUUCUGCUGUCAAUAAUUGGUAUUUAAAUGUUCGUGAUGUAAGGAGAAUGUUAAAUAAAUUAAAGAAUUUUACCAUUACUGUUAGCACAUUUGAUGAAGACUUGAUAGAAACAUGUCGAUAUUCGGCUCGUUUAUCGUGUGAGGAAACCCACUACAACGAAAACCCAGAGGAAACAGACUAUAGUGACGACGAUGGGAAUAGUGAAGACGAACUUUAUUAUGGAAGCCAGGAUCUGGAUGACGGAUUUGAUUUGCAUAACGGUCUUGAUGAGAAUGACAAUUUUUUUGGAGGUUAUGGAUAUGAGAAUCCGGAUAACGUUUUUCAUGAGAUGUUUAGAGCCAUGAUGAGGAAUGGAGAUAUUGAUUAG